AUGGAGCCACCUGAUCACGAGGACGUACCACACCCGGCUCCGGUGGUCAAGCGCCGAAGGGUCGCUCUAGCCUGCGAUCCAUGUAGAAUCCGAAAAUCCCGAUGCGAUAGUUCUCGACCCAAGUGCUCUUCGUGCUCCCAUCUGGGGUUCGACUGCGUGUACACAACCCCAACUUCUGCCUCUAAUGUCAUUGUGCAAAAGGACUAUUUACAUGCCAUUGAAUCCCGCCUUAACCAACUGGAGGAGUCCCUAUCUACGGUCAAAGAUGGACUUAGCGGGCUGUCUUCUCGUGUAAAUCAGUGCUGCAAUCCGGCACGGGAUCCAGACGGACCUGUCAACAAUGCACGGCAAGAUGUCCCCAUACCAGACCUCGCUGGCACGGAAGACUCCGUGGAUGCGAUGGGUGCCAUAACUCUAGCUGAGGAAGAAGACUCUGGAUUCUUUGGGCCUUCAUCCAAUGUUGCAUUUACACGCCAUCUAUGUAGAUCCAUUGGACAACCUGGGGCACCGCAGGGAAGCUCUACAGUACUGCCAUUAGACACAACAGCUUAUGACGGCGGCUUCGUGAGUGCUUCUCGCCCCCCAUCACCGCCAGGGCAGCCUGACGGCGUAAGAUUCGACAGAAGCACGAAUAAUGUCUUCACACUACCGGCCACCUCCGAGACAAAGAGACUAAUCACUCAGUACUUCACUGACACAGGGCUUCUUUUCCCAUACAUACACCCUGAAACCUUUCUUGAAACAUACGAUGCCAUGCUACGUGAUAACACAAAAGUACGCAGGACAUGGCUCGGCCUUUUAAACAUGGUCCUAGCUAUGGCUGUGAUUACCACUACCCCGGGUGGUGCACCCGCAAAUGUGAGAAUAGACGAAUCUGAUAUCUUCUAUCAACGGAGCCUGAGUCUAUGUGGGAAAGAAAUCUUGCGUGGGACGACCCUAGAAGUUGUUCAGUAUCUUCUUCUUAUGGGCCAAUAUCUGCAAGGGACUCAGAAAUCGGUCCAGGCAUGGACAGUGCAUGGUCUCGCGGUAAAAGCGGCAUUUCAGCUGGGGCUGCACUCUAAAGAUGCUUCUCGCGCUUUCCCCCGUCUAGAACAGGAGACGAGGCUACGUACUUGGUUUGGCUGUGUCAUGCUUGACAGGACUUUGAGCAUGACGUUUGGCCGCCCAGCUGCCAUUCCAAACAGCUAUGUCAAACUCAAACUGCCAGCCAGCGAUGUCAUGUUUGAUUCGUCCAGGGUUGUGGACGAAAAGACAUCCUCCCUCAGCUUAGUGCUAUACAACUCAACUAUAACCCUGUAUAAUCAGAUCUGUAAGGCCAUUGAUUUACUGUAUGGCCAAAACCUAGGAUGUGAUCCCCCAUUGCCGAUUAGUGAGGCUGUCGCACAUGUUUUCUCCCUAGAGCAGGAGUUAUUCUCGUGGGAAAGACAGCUUCCUGACUCCCUGCGGUUGAUCAAUGGCGACGGAGUAGAAGAGGCGCAUAAGGUCGCUGCCUCGGACUACGACUUUGCCGCUCUGAAAUUUCGUAUUAUCCUAACACUGCGAUACGCAAACUACCGCCUGCUUCUACACCGGCCGAUCCUCGUACACUUUCUCGACGCCUGUGGCGGAUCGCAGCCCGACCCCCAACAAUUGCAGCUUCUUCACCAGCUCGGCCUGAGCAGUUUGCAAAUCUGCGCUGAUUCGACUAUACAGAUUAUUGAUCUUGUAUACGACAUUGUUCAUCGGUCGGACAAGCGGCCCAAUCUACUGGGGGCGUGGUGGUUCUCACUCUAUUAUAGCUUCAACGCUGCACUAGUUAUCCUCGGUAUUCUCACAGUCGGUCGCGAAGGGAGCGUGUCAGGCCAGCUGGCGAGCGGAGUCGUAGAUAAAGUUAAGAAGCACCCUUUCCGUGCAGUCGCAGCCUUACUUAAACUGGAUACUGGCAACCGCAUGGUAGACCGCUGUCGACUUUAUCUGGAAAGACUCAUAAGUAGUUCGGGCCUCUACAGUGAGUUAGCUAUCUUGAUUGCCGUACAUUCCGAGGUCCAUCUAACCAACGGGAAUAGGCAUCGAUGA